AUGGCGGGUCUUCGUCUGUAUUUGGGCGCCGCGGCCGCCGUUGCAUCCCGCACACUAGCUGCUGUUACGGUCACGUACCCGGUUCCAUCGACAACACCAAGUAACUCUGUGGAGCUCGAUUCGGCGCCAGUGGGAGUCUCGAUGGAAUUCUUCAUGUGGCCGUCCUACAUGACCAACAUCAGCAUUGCUACAGACUGUCUCAAGCAUUUCGAUGAGCUGUACGGCAAGAAAACACCAACCCGCAUCGGUGGUACCACCCAAGACCGAGCGACCUACGACCCCGAUUUCGAUGGUUACGUCUCGUAUCAUGUGGACGAUCCUUUGGACGCUCCGAUGACUUUGACAUACGGCCCAAAGUUUUUUGAUCUGAUUUCGGCCUGGGGCGCAGAAACCACACUUGGAUUCAACAGAGGUGACAAUAACUUUACCAACACCAUGGAGGCAGCAUUGACUGCUCAGUCCAGGGCUGGAGAGUUUUUGUGGGCAAUUGAAUUAGGGAACGAGCCAGAUUUAUACUACCUUUACUGGAACAAACCCGUGGCCACAGCUCCAUGGAACGAAACACAGGAGGGUGCCAACGCGGCCCAGUGGGCGCAAGCUUUCAUCGACUCUUGGGAUGGGGAACAACCAAUUCUCUCGGCUGGUGUCUAUGGUGUACCACUUCCUCUCCAGCCAGGGUGGCCGAACAUGAUUUACCUGGUUUCAGAAGCCUACAACGAAACCGUAAAGGCCGGGACCAAGGUGUACUGUGCGCAUGCGUACGCGCUGUCGAAUGGCACGGACUUGCAGACCGAAAUGAAUCACGUCCGAACAGCCAGCGACAUAUCCCAGUUCAAGGACGAUGUUGCCCUAGUCAAUUCGAUUGGCAGAGAUCACAUCAUUGGCGAAGCGGGUUUCCAUGGUCAAGACGUCGAUAUUGAUGCCACACUCGGAGGUGCCGUCCAAAUGGUGGACAAAACGUUGUUGGCUACAUCAAUCGGCCUCAAGCAAAUUUACUACCACCAAGGCACUAUAAAUCAAGCCUACUUCAACUGGUGGUCAGACGACCAAGUGGAAGCGCCUUUCUAUGGAGGCUACUUUGCCGCCCUUGCUCUCUCUGGAGGUGAUCACAUCAUUGCGAGUGACAAUGGGACCGAUUCUUACGCCCAGUAUAUCAUCUACAAAGAUGGCUCGCCAUUCAAAGCAGUCUUGGUCAACACUGACUACUACUCCGGCACCGGUGGCAGAAAUCAGACAACCUUCACACUCACUGGUCUCUCUUGCUCGAAAACGGUCAAGACCCUCCGCAUGACUGCUCCAUCAAGUGACUAUACCACGACAGCAGAUACGUCUGUUGCACAACAACUGACCAUCGGAGGGCGAUACUUCUCGAACACAGACUGUGCCGCCAUCGGCGAAGAGCAUUUCGAAGAAGUCAAAACAUCUGGGGGCAAGGCUUCAUUUACCGUUGGAGCGUCUGAGGCAUUGAUCGUAUACUUGUAA